AGUGCUCGCUGAAAACUUUGAAAGGCAAAUUUAUUUGUUCUUGUGUGGCUACAACGUUAGCGGCAACCAAGUAGUAACGCUCGAAGGGACGCGCCUACCUUGCACCUUACAAUGUCCUAUCGGCAGUCGUCCCACACUCGUUACAACGCCCUUCACAGCCCAAAGCAACAGGUCCUCGGAAAUAGUGCGGGUCAUGUCCCUCCAGCAUGGCGAGUCGCAGGGUCGUCGGGCGUAAAUGCUUCCAUUGGGAAGGGAAAACAGGCAGCGAACCAUGCUGGUAGCAAAAUUUUACUUAGCAGAUUGCCUGUGGAUGUGAGUGAGAAAGAGGUAGAGGAAUUGUUCAGGAAGACUGUGGGGCCAUUGAAGGAUUCCUUCGUCGUAUACAACUCCCAAGGGAAAUCCAAAGGGAUGGCAAUAAUAUCCUUUCAAAAACUUGGUGACGCUGCUAUAGCUCGAUCAAAAUACGACGGGAAAUUUGUGGAUGGACGACGUCCAAUCAAGAUUGAAAUUAUAUCGGACGAUAUGUCACCAGCUUCGAUGACUUCAACUACCCCUUCACUGUUCGAUAGAAUUGCUGGGCCCAAGCCCAUUGUGAAUGGCAAUGUGCCUACUGUUGCUAAUGGUGUUAAGAGCCCUGUUCAGAAUCAUGCUCUGCCAAGACAGGUGGCGGCAGCGGCGUCUAUAGCAGCGGGACUACCAACACCAGCCGCUGGGCCUCGACGACGCUUGAAGAAGGGUCCACGACGGCUGAAGAAACAGGCAGUCUCAAAGUCUCUCAAGCAGCUUGACCAGGAGAUGGAAGACUAUCGGGCAGCUGCUGACGUCGACUCGUGAUGAGAAGAAUAUUUAGCGCGAGUUUUCAGCUUCAUUUCGGGUCAUCGAAAUGUUUUGUAUUGCAGUAUUUCUUUUGGAUAGUUAGUCUUUUCUGUGGCCAAAACAAAGGGAGCUAAGGAGCUGUUAGGUUCAUGACUUCAUUGAUAAGCGCUAUCAGUACAGCGUCUUCUGUGGGGAAUAAAAGCUAAACCAUGGUACAGUCACC